AUGAAAGCGGGAACACAUUGCAGCACUGCUGGAUGGGGAGUCACUGAUAUAAAACACCCAAAACUAUCAGAUGUCCUUCGUGAGGUCAAUCUGACCAUUGUCACUAAUAACACAUGCAGCAAAGCAUACAGUAAAGCUACGAAAAAAGUAAUAAUAACCAGCAGUAUGAUAUGUGCGGGACCACUUAAAAAGCGCAAAGAUGACACUUGCCAGGGUGACUCUGGAGGACCAUUGAUCUGCAACAACAAGUUCACAGGCAUUGUUUCCUUUGGGAAUAAAUGUGGAAAUCCCAAAUUCCCUGGAGUCUACACUCGCCUGACAAACAAAUAUCUCAACUGGAUCAGAGAAGUCACUGGAGGAGCUUCAUUCUAA